UUUAGAAAUCAUUUUUUCCCGUCAAAAUUUCAAACUCACGAAACAAUGAAGACCUAACUCCUUAAGUGUGCCGUCAGCUAGCCUGGCUAGCAUUUUGUAGUGUGGGACUAGCCAGCUAGCUACGUAAGAUAGGCACUAAGCCAGUAGGACGUGCUUGUUUUCCAAGAAACUUUUGGCGUUGAUUUUCUCACCUCGAAAGACAGCGAAAGUGUUUGAGACUAUAGAGAAGAAGGGCAGGCUCCCUUCCUCACCGUCUCCGCCACAUACUUCUCUCUAAAGUGAUGUCAACCGAGGUCAGCAGCAAAGACAGGGGCUCAGUAUCCUCCGGGACAGGGGUCACAGACAGCGGAGGCCCUGAGACCACCCAGUUUCCCUCGUAUACGAAGUCAAGUAGAGUGCGGGUAACUGAUUUGUGCCAGGGAUCUGCGCAAAACCUUCGCUACAUGUCUAACAUCUCUCCACCGGACAGUCUGUCCGACAUGAUGAUAUAUCCAGGAGAUGUUGCUGGAUCCGCAUUGUCCACUAUAGGGAGUGGCAGCCAUUCCCUAACGCACGGAGCAAGCUCAGGGACCGGUGCCGUGUUUUGUUCACCCGGCUCAGAGGGUCCCGAUAGCCGGAUGUCACCCAUUUCGGCGGGUCCGGACGGGCCAUCAGUCUUCCCACCACUGCCACCCCCUCCCCCGCCUCCGCCAGGUUAUGGGGCACAAGGGAGCGUGGAUGAAAGCGACCAGCAGGAUGGACCGGAGUAUGAGGAAGAGGAGGUUGUUUUCUCCUUGUCAGCACCACCCACUAAUCAGUGGUACCAUGGGAAACUGGACCGCACCAUAGCAGAGGAGCGUCUACGGCAGGUCCGAACACCGGGCAGUUACCUCAUCAGGGAGAGCGACCGGCGGCCCGGUUCUUUCGUCCUGUCCUUCCUCAGCAUGACGGGCGUGGUCAACCACUUCAGGAUCAUUGCUAUGUGCGGGGAUUAUUACAUUGGUGGGCGGCGUUUCUCAUCUCUGUCAGAUCUCAUUGGCUAUUACAGCUAUGUGUCCUGUCUGCUCAAAGGAGAAAAGCUCCUGUCACCAGUGGCUCCUCCAGAGCCUGUGGAAGACAGGAGAAGAGUGAGGGCCAUCCUCCCAUACACCAAAGUGCCAGACACAGAUGAGAUCAGUUUCCUGAAAGGAGACAUGUUUAUAGUUCAUAAUGAACUGGAUGACGGGUGGAUGUGGGUGACCAAUGUGCGGACGGAGGAGCAGGGUCUAAUUGUGGAGGAUUUGGUGGAGGAGGUGGGACGUGAAGAAGAUCCCCAUGAAGGAAAAAUCUGGUACCACGGGAAGAUCAGCAAACAAGAGGCUUACAACCUACUCAUGACAGUGGGCCAGGUUUGCAGUUUCCUGGUGCGCCCGUCAGACAACACCCCAGGAGACUACUCCCUGUUCUUCCGCACCAGUGAGAACAUCCAGAGGUUUAAAAUCAGCCCCACACCCAAUAACCAGUACACCAUGGGCGGCCGAUAUUAUAACAGUGUGGAUGAGAUCAUAGAGCAUUAUAGAAAAGAACAAAUUGUGGAGGGAUACAACCUGAAAGAUCCUGUUUCAGUGCAGCAACAGGAACAAGUCUUAUCUGAAAUGGUUGAAGGCAAAGAAAUUUAUAACACUAUACGACGGAAAACUAAAGACGCUUUCUACAAAAAUAUUGUAAAGAAAGGAUACCUUCAGUUCAAUAAAGGUAAAGGGAAGCGCUGGAAGAACCUCUACUUCAUCCUGGAGGGAAACGACGCACAGCUCAUUUACUUUGAGAGCGAGAAACGAGCCACGAAACCCAAAGGCCUGAUCGACCUGAGCGUGUGUUCGGUGUACAGCGUGCACGACAGCUUGUUUGACAAGGCAAACUGUUUCCAGAUUGUGGUUCAGCACUUCAGUGAGGAGCAAUACAUUUUUUAUUUUGCUGGUGAGACCCCCGAGCAGGCACUGGACUGGAUGAAAUGCCUCCAGACCUUCUGCAGUAACCUAAGAAAACCAGUACAGGCCACUUCAAACAAACGCCUACGUCAGGUCAGCAGCUUAGUGCUGAAUGUGGAAGAAGCCCACAAACUACCCAUCAAGCAUUUCACCAACCCAUUCUGCAACAUAUACCUGAACAGUGUGCAGGUGGCCAAGACCCAUCCCAGAGAGGGUCAAAACCCAGUCUUCACUGAGGAGUUCACCUUCGAUGAUCUAUCCAGUGAGAUUAACAGGUUUGAGAUCAGCCUCAGUAAUAAAACCAAGAAGAGCAAAGAAAGUGACAUAUUGUUCAUGCGGUGCCAGUUGAGCAAGUUACAGAGGGGACAGGUGAUGGAUGAGUGGUUUCCUCUCAGCUCUCAUGUGCCUCUUAAGGGCAUUGACCCCGGCACCCUCAGAGUCCGUGCCCGCUACUCCAUGGAGAAGAUCAUGCCCGAGGAAGAGUACAGCGAGUUCAAAGAGCUGAUCCUGCAGAAAGACUUCCACGUCAUCUACUCUCUGGCCCACGUGUGUGGGCAUGACCGCACGCUGCUGGCCAGCCUCCUGCUCCGCAUCUUCAGACACGAACGGGCCGAGGCCUCCCUACUCAGGACGCUCAACGACCGCGAGAUCAGCAUGGAAGAUGAGGCUACGACUCUUUUCCGCGCCACCACCCUCGCCAGCACGUUGAUGGAGCAGUACAUGAAAGCCACAGCCACACCCUUCGUCCACCAUGCCCUCAAAGACACCAUCCUCAAGAUCAUGGAGAGCAAGCAGUCCUGUGAGCUAAACCCAUCUAAACUGGAGAAGAAUGAGGAUGUGAAUAUGAAUCUUGCUCACCUACUCAACCUACUGUCUGAAUUAGUGGAGAAAAUCUUCAUGGCUGCAGAGAUUCUGCCACCAACUCUGAGGUUCAUAUACGGAUGUUUGCAGAAGUCAGUCCAGCAGAAGUGGCCCACUAACACUACGAUGAGGACCAGAGUUGUGAGUGGCUUCGUGUUCCUCAGACUGAUCUGUCCUGCCAUCCUCAACCCCCGAAUGUUCAACAUCAUCGCAGAUCCUCCGUCCUCCACUGCCAUUCGGACUCUCACUCUGGUUGCUAAGUCAGUUCAGAACUUGGCCAACCUUGUGGAAUUUGGUGCUAAGGAGCCCUACAUGGAGGGGGUGAAUCCUUUUAUCAAGAACAACAAGCAGCGGAUGAUUAUGUUUCUGGAUGAGCUGGGGAACGUUCCUGACCUCCCCGACCCCACGGAGCACUUUAGGACCGACCUUUCCCGUGACCUUGCCGCCCUGCAUGAGAUGUGCGCCACUCACUCAGAUGGACUCCGUACACUCAGCAACGAAAGAGGAGCACAGCAGCAUGUGCUGAAAAAGCUGCUGGCUAUAACAGAACUCCUCCAACAGAAGCAGGUGCAAUACGCCAUGUCCAACAGCAACAGGUAGCUCUCGUUCCCUCCACCCCCGUGUCUGUCUAUCUGUCUCCGUCUCCAUGGAGUAGCCAGUGGGACCUUAGCAUGUUUCACCUUCCUCCCACCCAUCAUCACCAUGGCAACCCUUCCCUCACCACCUCUGUCAUCCCACCGUUCCAUUCUGUGUCUACGGAACCCUAUGCAAGAGCAACAGCCGAAGCAGCAGAAACCAAGUCAGGACUCUCCACAUCCUCAGAGACUCUUUAAAGUCUGUUAACAUGGGAGUCUUACCCUUUUAACUGUGCUCUACAACAUGGGUACAACAUUUUGUUUUUCCCUUCAUUUUUCAAUGGAUCGAAAAAGAUCCACCUCUAUGCGCGUGCGUGCGUGUGUGUGUGUGAGUGAGA